AUGAAUUUGAAAGACCAUCUUCAGCAACAGUCAAUUAUUUUUACAGAAUCAGAAUGUCCCGGAGUUGAACAGGCAUUACAACAAUUUUUUCGUGCUACAAAAUUAAUGGAAGAAGAAGUCAUGUUACCGACGCGUUUGAGAGAUUUAGUUUUAGAAAAACGUCAACAACCAAAUGGAAGUAGACGUUCGUCAUCAUCGACAGGAUCGAUUCCGGAUGAGCACAGUUGUUAUGAACUAUUUUACUUCAUUAGGCGAAUAAGAGAUCAACUUAAAUGUUUAAAACCAUUUAUAUCGGAAGACGACCAGAUAACAACACAACACGGUGAGUCAGUUAUUUGUAUUUUGUGUUUUUAUGGUGGAACGAGAAAUCCAAAUAAAUUGUUAAUAACGGGAGAUGAUUAUUCAAAUCAACAACCCUCUCAAAAUCUUCUCACUGGAAUAGAUUCAAAUUUAGAUGUUUUAUUAUCACAGUUAACCUAUCAUUACUAUGGACUCAUUCAAAUCUUUAAACAUUUAGCACAAUUAGCAAAUUGUGUUACAUCGAAAUACCAUGAAGCUAUGAUAUCUCCGUGUCAACAUAUGCCAUUUUUAUUUUUAUUAUUGUUUAUUUUUACUUAUCAAUGUUUAUGUCAGCAAACAUCACAGUUAGAUCAGAGUACAUACUGUUCUAUUGAUGGUGUUCAUGGUCGAGAUGGAACACUACAACAAUCACAAGAUGGAAAUCAAGAUUUUGAAAUUGUAUUAUAUACCACAAGAUUUCUACAAGAUGAAUCAAUUACAAUUGUAUUGAAACAACUUCGUGAAAAUCAUGGUAUUAGUGAAUUUGUUUUAAAAGGUCUUGAUCAUAAUAAUGAAAUUGUUGGAAGAUUUGAUCAACCUCGAAUAUCUGAUAGAAAUAUUAAAUAUUUUAGUUGUUCGUCGGGCAAUGGAAAUACCGCAUACACCGAUAAAUUAGUGCCACCAAUGCAAAAACAUUAUCUCGCAUGGAGAGCAGAAGUAUCACGUGAAGUCGAUCAAAUUAUAUUCAGAGCUGAUGUUGUUAGUGGUAAUCAACUUUAUCAUGUUCAAUCAAAACCUUUAAAACGUCGUGUUGCGGGUAUUCCAGAUGGUCGCGAGUUAUCGGUUGAACAAUGUGGUGAAAUUUAUGGUUGUUUAAUUGUUCCUCAACAUUGUACGGAUUCGAAAUGUGAAUAUUUGAUGCAAUGGCAAGGUGAAGAAGAUGAUAAAGUUAAAUUUCGUAUACAAGCGAGAGCAGAUUCAUUUGCUGGAGUUGGCUUUUCAACAGAUAAACAUAGGGGUGAUGAUCAAGUUGUUCUCUGUAUAAAAGAUCCAAACACAAAUUAUGCUCGUGUUCAGAAUAUGUUUUUAAGUGUUCAAACUCCUCAAUUAAUUGAAAAAGAUUAUUCUGUAUAUGGUUUGGAAGAUCCAGAUGCCUAUGCGAAUGAGACACAUAUCAAUUGUGAAUUUACACGAUCAAUGGCACCUUAUGGAUACAUUGCACCCUCUCAAACGGCUGAUCAACAACAACGUGAUAAAGACAAAGAUAAUCGGGAGAAAGAUACAAGAUUACGAUCGAAAAUUGUUGAUUUAAGAGAACCACAUUAUGUGUAUCCGAUCUAUGGUGAUCAACAAAAUUUACAACAGUUACCACCAGGUCCUGCUCUAACUAUCGUAAAUGAUCAUGCUGUUAACUUUUAUCGUCGUCUUCGAUCAAAAUCUCAUGUUCGAGGAUCAUGGUUAGCUAAAGUACAUGCUACAUUAAUGAUGAUUGCGUGGAUACUAUUAGCAUCAACGGGUAUAUUAAUUGCACGUUAUUAUAAACCCAUAUGGCCAAGACUUAAUUAUAAAUCGGAGAAACAAAGUGGCCCUUGGUGGUUAUGGUUCCACGAACCAUUAAUGAUCACAACAGCCGUGUUGUCUGUGAUUGCUCUUUUAUUUAUAUUAUUCGAAUUACGAUGGAAAUGGACAUCUGGUACACAUCAUCUAUGGCAUUCAAUUCUUGGCAUGAUCGUUAUUGGAUUAUCUUUUCUAAAUCCAAUCUUAGGUGUCCUACGUCCUGAUCCAAAUUCACGCGCACGUUGUUGUUGGUAUUGGAUGCAUUGGUUAAUUGGCUCGUUAGCUCAUUGUAUAGCAAUUCCAGUUAUAUUUUUGGGUAUGGAUAAUCGUCGUCUUGAUUUAUGGAAUUGGUGUUCGUGGUUACUAUUGGCAUGGUGUAUUUUUCAUAUGAUAGUUGAAAUUAUAUUAGAAAUACAUUAUUGUUGUACUAUAAAAAAAAAUUACGAACGUAUGGACGAAUUAGAAUAUCAUCCAGAUAAACAAGAUCCAAGAAAACCAACCAAAGCACCGGGUUAUCGUUGGAAACCCGGUCUACUAAUAUUUUAUAUUUUGAUAACAGCAGCCGUUGUUAUUGCACUUAUCAUUGCCGUUAUUUUAUAUGAUGGAUAUUAG